AUGGAACUCCAUUGUUACAUGCUUUUGCUUCUUCUGAAACUCCAUUGUCUGUCAACAAUGGCCAGCUCUCGUCUUUCGUUCUCCGGAACAAAUCUAAAACGUCCAUCCACAUCACCGGCAAGGUCGGCUUACAUUAAACCUACGAUCGCCCUUGCCGGAGUGGCCCAAAACCUUUCGUACUGGGAUUCCAUACAUUCCGAUAUCGACUCCCACCUGAAAAAAGCCCUCCCCAUCCGUGAACCCGUGUCCGUUUUCGAGCCGAUGCACCACUUGACAUUUGCGCCACCCAAAACCACCGCAUCGGCGUUGUGCGUCGCUGCGUGUGAGCUAAUCGGCGGCAACCGGGAAGAUGCAAUUGUAGCAGCGUCGGCAAUUCACCUCAUGCAUGCGGCUAUAUACACGCAUGGCCACCUCAUGUUAACUGACUCAGACCAGAAAAUUCCGCACAGGUUUGGCCCCAAUAUCGAGCUUCUCACCGGUGAUGGUAUGUUUCCGUUUGGGUUCGAGUUACUCGCGGCGUCCAUGGACCCAGAUGGAGAUAACUCCGACAAGAUACUGAGGGUGAUCAUAGAGAUUACCCGAGCCGUCGGUUCACAAGGGAUGGUCGCCGGUCAAGAUUCCGACGUUGAAUUUGACCAAUUGAGUGGUCAAACACGACGCUGUCUUCAUGGAUGUGGGGCCGCCUGCGGAGCCAUAUUAGGUGGUGGGAGCCACGAUGAGAUUGAAAGGUUGAGAAGAUAUGGAGUCUAUGCUGGUAAAAUACAAGGACUUUUAAGUGAAAUUGGUAGAAAGGAAAGGGGUAAAGUAAAAUUAGUAGAGAAAUGGAGGGCUUUGGCUCUAAAAGAGUUGGAAUAUUUUGAUAGCAAAAGAAUUGAGCAAAUUUCUAAAAUUUUAAUAUCGGUUAUAUCAUGUUAUUAUGAUGUUUAA